AUGUCUCAAAUUGCCACUUCAUUAAGUGAGAUGCGAGGGAACGAAGGAAGAAUUCCUGCUUCAAUUAAACCACCGGACAUAGCAAACAUCAGUCAAAUUACCCUGAGAUCAGGACGAGAGUAUAAAGGGCCAACAAUGAAGAUUGAUGAGCGAGAGCCGACUAUGGCGAGUGAGGAAAAAGACAACAUGGUUCAGCAGAAGGAAAACACUGGAGCAGGGGAUGAUCCGUUCUUCUUGAGCCCAGGAACUGAAGUGGAAACAGAAGAAGCAAUGAAAGAAACUGGAGAGUUUACCAAGGGGGAAUCCAGCAACACAGCUCUGAAAUUGCCUCUCUUCAGCAAAUUUAUUAAGGAAUUCAUUGCUGUGAAAACCAAUUCAGAUGGGAAAAUCGUGAUUGGGGAGAGCGUUUCAGCAGUGAUACAAAAGAGGAGGCUGCCAUCAAAGAGGACCGACCCAGGAGUAAGGUUAGUUAAUACGAACAUAGUAAUCCAACUGGCUGAUAGAUCGUGCAUAAGUCCAGAAGGUGUGCUAGAGAAUGUGAUAGGUAAAGUGCAUGAUUUCUUGUAUCCUGCUGAUUUCCAUGUGAUAAAGAUGAGUGAGAAUGAAUCCGUUGAGUCUAGCGGAGUGCUUUUAGGUAGACCGUUCCUACGCACAACUAAGACUAUAAUUGACGUUUUUUAUGGAACGAUUUGUCUGGACUAUCAUGGGGAGAAAUUCACUUUUAUCAUUGAUGAGUCUAUGAGAAAACCUUUGGAUGUGGAAAAUCUUCAUGCCGUGGAUAUUAUUAACCCCUUGGUUCAGGAAUAUCUUGAGACUGAACUCUUGCAUCAACAGAUUGAUAAUUCAGAAAUGAGUCACUCAAUUGAUAAAGAAGUAGUAGGAUGGUGUGAGGCAAUGAAUACUCAAAAAUUGACAGAUGAGAAGUUAGCAGAGGCAAUCAAGGAAUUUUGCAAGAAUCCGACGUCUGCCAGGUCAAAGGGGUCUGCCUAUCUGGCCAGUAUGGAAAAAUUACCAGACCUAGAGGAUUUCACCAAGAAGGAAAUGGAAAAGAAUCCACUACCCCAAGAGGCAAGUUCACCAAAGAAAGAAUUGACGACACUUCCACCGGGCCUGAAGUAUGGGUACCUGGAGGAGAAUGAAACGUUCUCUGUUAUCAUCAACAACAACUUGACCCAGGAGUAG